UUGCCCACUUUCCGUCCUAUAUGUCUCUAUUCGCUUGUCUGUCUAGCCAAGUAAAAGCUCCAUUAUCGACCAACGAUAGCGUUCUAUCUUUUUACCUUUUUUGGUUACGUCUCCCUCUGUGAGGGAACCCUCUUCAACUGAAACUCAAUGGCGACUGUGAUCGAGGGUCAGUUUCCGUACAGAAUUUUGGCUCAGGAUAGCUCUUCUCCUUCUUCUUCUUCUUCUUCUUCUUCUGAGAAUUCCAAUCCAGCAGACGCCGUCAUUUUUUUUGGAUUCAGUUUGGUGCUUGGGAUUGCUUCCAGGCAUGUCUUGCGUGGUACUAGAGUUCCUUAUACUGUUGCUCUGCUUGUCAUCGGCAUUGCUAUUGGAUCCUUAGAAUAUGGUACAAGUCAUCGCUUGGGAAAGAUUGGGGACAGCAUUCGUAUUUGGGCACACAUUGAUCCUGACCUUUUGUUGGCUGUUUUCCUUCCUGCCCUUCUUUUUGAGAGUUCUUUUUCCAUGGAAAUGCACCAAAUCAAGAGAUGUAUGGCACAAAUGCUUCUACUUGCUGGUCCAGGAGUUCUGAUCUCAACAUUCUGUCUUGGAUCUGCUCUGAAGCUUGCUUUUCCAUAUAACUGGAGCUGGAAAACAUCGUUGUUGCUGGGUGGACUUCUGAGUGCUACUGAUCCGGUGGCUGUUGUUGCUCUGUUGAAAGAGCUUGGUGCAAGCAAAAAAUUAAGUACAAUAAUUGAAGGCGAAUCCUUGAUGAAUGAUGGGACAGCAAUUGUGGUCUAUCAGUUGUUUUAUCGUAUGGUCCUUGGAGAGAGCUCCAACUGGGGACGGAUAGUUAAAUUUCUGGCACAAGUCUCUCUUGGAGCUGUAGGCAUUGGUCUUGCUUUUGGAAUUGCAUCUGUUCUGUGGCUUGGAUAUAUUUUCAAUGACAUCGUGAUAGAGAUUUCCUUGACACUUGCUGUGAGCUACAUUGCUUACUUUACUGCGCAAGAGGGUGCUGAUGUUUCUGGUGUUUUGGCGGUGAUGACUUUAGGAAUGUUUUAUUCUGCAGCUGCUAGGACUGCUUUCAAGGGUGAUGGCCAACAGAGCUUGCAUCACUUUUGGGAAAUGGUUGCGUACAUUGCAAAUACAUUAAUUUUCAUCUUGAGUGGUGUUGUUAUAGCUGAAAGCGUUCUUAGCAGUGACAAUAUUUUUCAUAACCAUGGAAAUUCAUGGGGCUACCUAUUUCUUCUAUAUGUUUUUGUGCAAGUAUCCCGGUUUAUAGUUGUUGGAGUAUUGUAUCCAUUUUUACGAUAUUUUGGCUAUGGUUUAGAUUGGAAGGAAGCUGCUAUUCUCAUAUGGUCAGGUUUGCGCGGAGCUGUUGCACUAUCACUCUCACUAUCUGUUAAGCGCACUAGUGACAGCUCAACAUAUCUCACUCCGGAAACCGGAACUCUGUUUGUUUUCUUCACCGGUGGAAUCGUAUUUCUGACACUUAUUGUGAAUGGAUCAACUACGCAGUUUGUUUUGCAUCUUCUAGAUAUGGAUAAGCUGUCGGCUGCCAAGAAACGUAUAUUGGAAUACACGAAGUAUGAAAUGUUGAACAAAGCAUUGGCGGCUUUUGGUGACCUUGGAGAUGAUGAGGAACUUGGACCUGCUGACUGGCCAACUGUUAAAAGAUAUAUUGCAAGCUUAAAUAAUUUGGAAGGACCUCAAAACGCAACCGAACCUGACACUAAUCUGGACCCAACAAAUUUGAAGGAUAUUCGUGUACGCCUUCUAAAUGGUGUCCAAGCUGCUUACUGGGGAAUGCUUGAUGAGGGAAGGAUAACACAAAUGACUGCAAAUAUUUUGAUGCAAUCUGUAGAUGAAGCAAUUGACAUGGCCUCUAUUGGGCCUUUAUGUGAUUGGAAGGGCUUAAAAGCUAAUGUUCAUUUCCCGAGUUACUACAGGUUGCUUCAAUCAAGCAUUUGCCCCCGAAAACUGGUUACUUAUUUUAUUGUAGGGAGAUUGGAAUCUGCUUGCUACAUUUGUGCUGCAUUUCUACGUGCCCACAGAAUUGCACGACGACAACUGCAUGACUUUAUAGGUGACAGUGAUCUUGCUUCUAUAGUCAUUAAUGAAAGUGAGGCAGAAGGAGAAGAAGCGAGAGAAUUCUUGGAAGAUGUUCGUGUUUCAUUUCCUGAGGUUUUGCGUGUCGUGAAAACCAGACAAGUAACUUAUUCGGUGCUGAACCAUUUAAUCAAUUAUGUCCAAAAUCUUGAGAUGGUUGGCUUGCUGGAGGAAAAGGAAAUGCUUCAUCUUCAUGAUGCUGUCCAGACUGACUUGAAAAGGCUUCUAAGGAAUCCUCCUUUAGUAAAGAUUCCCAAAAUAACUGAUCUGAUUAGCAUCCAUCCUUUGUUAGGGGCCCUUCCUCCUACAGUACGUGAACCACUUGAAGGUUCCACCAAAGGAACAAUGAAACCACGUGGUGCGCUGCUUUACAAAGAGGGCUCCAAGCCAAAUGGAGUUUGGCUUAUUUCUAAUGGUAUUGUCAAGUGGAGGAACAACAGCAUAAGGAACAGGCACUCUUUGCAUCCAACUUUUACACAUGGGAGCACACUAGGCAUAUACGAAGUACUAGUUGGGAAGCCUUACAUCUGUGACAUGAUAACAGAUUCUGUGGUACUCUGUUUUUUUGUUGAAAGUGACAAAAUACUUUCAGCAGGAAGGUCAGAUGCCAAAAUAGAAGAUUUCCUGUGGAAGGAAAGUGCUAUCAUACUCGCCAAAAUUUUGCUUCCUCAAAUAUUUGAGAAAAUGGCGAUGCAAGAUUUGAGAGCUCUUGUUUCAGACUGGUCAAUGAUAAAUAUACACUUAAGUGGAGAAUCAAUUGAAAUACCUCACCAUUCCAUUGGUUUUCUCUUAGAAGGAUUUGUGAGAUCCCAUGGCUUUCAAGAAGAAUUGAUUACAUCUCCUGCAGCGCUCUUACCUCGGCACGGAAAUCAGAGCUUUGGAAAUGCACAUGGAAAUCAAAACAUUCAAAAUGAAGAAAUAAAUGGUGCCAGGACAGCCAGUUUCUCUCAUGAAAGAUCCCGGUAUCAAGUUGAGACGAGAGCAAGAGUGAUAAUUUUUGACAUUGCAGCUUUUGAAACUGCUACCGCUCUGCUGAGAAGGUCAUCUUCUUUCAUACCGCAUACAGGUGAUCAUCCCCAUAGACCUCUAAGCAGAGAACAUGGUCUUAUGAGUUGGCCUGAAAACUUCUACAAGGCAAAACUGCACAAGCAGAAUCUUGAAAACGAACGAGCAAAUAGUUUGCCUGCAAGAGCAAUGCAGCUGAGCAUUUUUGGCAGCAUGGUUGACGUGCAACGGCGUGCCCAUUGUUCUUCAAGCAGUCUAUACCAGCGAUCACAUAGCAUGUUCUCACGAGCUGCAUCACUUCGUGGCCGUCCGCUAGUUUCUGUUAGAUCAGAAGGAUCUAAUACUUUAAGGAAGAACCUUCAUGUGAAAAGGUUUUCGCGGAAUGUUACUGCUCUCCCACAGCAGAGGGCAGACACAAAUGAGAGCCAUGUCUUGGAUUAUUCUAGUGACGAAUCUGGUGCCGAAGAUGAUCACAUAAUAAGAAUCGACUCACCAAGUAGGCUUUCUUUCCGCCUGGCUACCUAAAUUUGCAUUCCCUGUUAUCCCCAUCGUAGAUAUUUGUGUUUACAUGAAUUUUUGUGUUCCUACUUUAAAAAUUUGUUUGUACAAAGGCAUCUGAAUAAAUAAGAUGGCUCCUCAAGCCGUCUGAUUUAGGAAAAGUAGCUCAAUUGGUGCUGAGCAUGAGAUUCAAUUUUGUACCUUUGCUUCCAUCAUCUAUGAUAGAACCAGUAACCUUGUUUUGAUUGUUUA